CUCGGGAGAGGCGGAAGUCGGUCUGGGGAACGGUGGGCGGCCAUUUUGAGAGCGGGCAAGAGGGUCGGGAGAGGCGCGGACAAGUGACGGUUGACCGGUUUUAACCAAGAGGCUGGUUGUGGCCGCGUUGUGCAGCUGCCCAGCCAUGCACCCUGCGAAGCCUGCAUGGCCGGGAAUCCGAGGCCCGCGGGCCAUGUGGGCACUGCUGGCGGUGCUGCUGGAGCCGUGGGGGCUGUCGGCCAUCAAGGAUUUUCAGGAGUGCACCUGGCAGGUGGUUUUGAACAAGUUCGAGAGGAUAGGCGAGGAGGGUGCAAGUGACCGCUUCUUCCAUCAAGAGCUAGUGGACAAGGUGGGCCAGGUAUUCAGUGAGCUGGUGGACGCACCCAUCGACCCGAGCAAGAAAUAUCUGGGCUUCCCUUACUACCUGAAGAUCAACUACUCCUGCGAGGGACAGGCAUCCGAGGAUCUGGUCCGCAAGGGCCACCUGACGGGGCUCAAGCCCAUGGCGUUGGUCAGCUUCCAGUCCGCGGUCAACUUCUACCGCUGGAAGAUUGAACAUCUACAGAUCCAGAUGGAGGCAGCCCCUUUCCGCAGCAAAGAGCCGUGCUCCGCAGAGCAAAUGUGCAGUGUGAGCUGGUACACACCCAUGCCCAUCAAGAGUGGUAGCCUGGUCAUGCGAGUGGACAUCAGCGGCAAUGGCCUGGGACCUUUCAUUCCCCCGAAAAGGUUCUACGUGAAUAUCAACGGCUUCCUGAAGAAAGGGCAAGACAACAAGAUCGAGUUCACCGUGGGAGAUGAGCUGCGGGACCUGCAGCCCAGGUACUUUGUGAACGUGCCCUCAAGGCCCCUGUGGCACACCAUGGAUCAGUCGCCGGUGCUCAUCCUGGGGGGCUUCCCUGACAAGAAGUCCAUCCUGCUGACCGACACCAACUUCAAGGACUUCUCGCUGGUGCAGCUGAGCAUCGACAGCUGCUGGGUGGGCUCCUUAUACUGCCCCCAGUCUGACUUCACGGCCACCAUCUACGAUGCUAUCAGCACAGAGAGCACCCUCUUCAUCCGGCAGAACCAACUCGUCUACUACUUCACGGGCUCCUACUCCAUGCUUCAGGAGAACACAGAAGGCAGUGACAAGUGGGUGCGUGUCCUGGCCAGCGAGUGCAUCAAGAGGCUGUGCCCGGUGUACUUCCACAGCAAAGGCAUGGAGUACAUAAUUGCCCUCACCACUGGCAAGAAUGAGGGCUAUUUCCACUUUGGGACCAUCACAGAUGGUGACGUAUCCUUCGAGAUGCUGCCCAGGCAGUGGUCAGUGUGCCAAAAGAUAGCAGUUGCCAACUGCUCCAUGAUCUGGGCCCUGUUCCUCGUGGACGACGAUGCCAUCCUGCUGCUGGUGGAGGAGAUGCUCCCCAACAAGAAACUUUACCACGUGGUUAGCUACCAUCAAAUGACCGAGGGCCUGAAGAUCCUCUACACCAUCCCGGAGUUCAUCCCAGACGCUCGGGGCCUGCAGUUCCUGACGAUCCUGGGGAUGGAGGUGUAUACCAACACCUUGAUGGUCCCCAGGGGCAUGUUCUUCAACCCCUACAACAACUUGCUGUUCAUCUGGGGCAACUUCCUCCUGCAGAGCUAUAACAAGGAAGACUUCAUCUACCUGGCGGACUUCCCCAAGGAGCUGUCUAUCAAAUACUUGGCCAACUCACUCCAUGGAGAGCUAGCCAUUGUCACGGACAAUGAGGAGAUCUGGUACCUGCAGGAGGGCAGCUAUCGGGUGCACAAGCUGUUCCCGUCGCAAAGCUGGGAGCUGCACAUCAGCCUGCAGGCCAUGUUCCACUCUUCCCUCUACUCCUCCAAUGAGACCAUGGUCACCCUCUUCUAUGAAGACAACGAACUGUUCCAGCUGGUGUACCUCAUUAACAACCAGCAGGGCCGGCUGGUGAAGCGGCUCGUGCCAGUGGUGAAGCUUCUCAUGUAUGAGCAACACAGCAAGCACUACUACCAGGAGCGGAGAGGGGGCCAUCUGGUGCUCGCCUCCAAGAACCCCUGUCCCUUCAUGAGGAUGCGCCUGCACCUGCAGGCCAACCAGCAGGUGUACUCACGCCAGGAGCUCUACCGGGCCCGGCCACCACACGUACUGGAGCCCUCAGGCUUCCACACCGAGAGGUCGCUCGCUGUGUACCAGGGCCUUGUCUAUUACCUGCUCUGGCUGCACUCCAAGUAUGACAAGCCCUACGCAGACCCAGAGCAUGACCCCAUCUGGCCUUGGUGGAUAAGCAAGAAACAGGACCAGGAUUACUACUUUUAUCUGGGGAGCAACGGGCUGAGCGCGGGCGGCGUGCACAUUGACAUGAACAGCUACGAAAAGAUUUACAAACUCAAGUCCAACUACAAGCUGCCUGAACGCAUCUUCCUGGACAAGGGCAGUUCCUACCGGUUCACCAUUUUACUGACAGCGCGUGGCCAUGGGUUCAAGACAAGCCACAACCUGGUGAUCGCCAGCACCUUCCACCCACAGAGCCGGAUCCAAGUGGGCGUGGUGCUGGCUGACCCCAGCUGCGUGGAGGUCACUGUGAAGCAGGAGACUUUCACUAGCCGCAACUUGGUGCUGUUCAGGAUUACCCUCAAGGAUAAAAUGCUGUGCCUUCAACAGGGCAUUAGCGGCCACUACCUCCUGAAAACCUCCAUGACAGUCAAGGUGGUGGGGUCUUCGGGGAACUGCUUCCAGAACACACACCUGGGGCUCAGGCUGCAAGGUAACCUGAUGGUUCCAGUGCUGAUAGGCUGCCCUCCAGGCAAGCGCCUGGUCUUGAACACCUCCUACACGAUCCAGUACAACCACCAGGAGAAUAAGCACUACUUCGACUGCGUGUACAAGGACCCCGAGAUGCCUUGCUUCUUCUUCCGGGACAUUUUCUACCCCAUCUUCUCCAUCCAAGAUUUGGUGACGGGAGAUUCGGGCAAGUUCCAGGGCAGCUUCGUGCUCAAGGUGGUGGGCGGCGGGCAGGAUGCGAACAACAUCAGGGACUACAGCGACGAGGAAAUCUACCGCUACAACAGCCCCCUGGACAAUACCAGAAGUCUCAUCUGGACUACCAGGACUACCAGGACCACCAAAGACUCGGCUUUCCACAUCAUGUCCCCUCAGAACUCUGGCAUUGAGUGGCUAUGUCUGGAGAACUCCCCCUGUCAUGAUGUCGUUCCCAAACGCUGGUUUGCCCCUGAAUUCUACUUCAAGGUGUUGGUGAGCAACAGAGGCGUGGACACCAGCACGUACUGUGACUACCAGCUCAUCUUCUUGCUGCACAUUCACGGGCUCCCACUGAGUGGGAAGCGGGCCCUCUUCAUCGUCAUUGUGUCCACCAGCCUGUUUUUGGGCCUGGUGGCCUUCUACAUCAUCAUCUGCCUCCUGUGGCCCCUCAUGGUGAAGGCCUGCAACCACCUGCUCUGGAAGAUCAACAGCCUCAUCGCCUGGGACUCCUACUACAGCUAUACCAACACUUCCGGAGGCUUUACCAUGCCCUCACAGGCCAUGUUGAAGGAAACCUCCAGGGAACUCUCCAAAGCCAGCUCCAGAGGCCUCCCCAAGGCCAGCUCUAAGGUGGCCGAGAAGAAAUUCAGACCCCAGCCAACCUUGGAGGAGUCCCGGGCCUGAGCCUCUGCCUGCCCCAUUUCUUCGCCCUCUACCAUAGCCCUGCCACUGGGUCUGCUGGUCACCCUUCCAGGCCUUUCUGUCCGGCAUGCUCCAACACUCCCUUGUUCAAGACUUGCUGGGACUCGGCCACAGCGCUCCUGCGCGUACCAGCAGCAACUGCACAAGUCAUUAAAAGAUCUCAGUCCUUCA